AAGAAGAAGCGGUCUAUGGCCGACAUGGAGCCCACAGACAGUAAAGGGCUCUGUGCUGACAUUCAAACAGUCCCUUUCUCUGAGUCCCAGUCGGACUUCCCCGGUCAGCCGUACUCCGUGUCCGUCCUCAAAGCCGGAUACUGUCUCCCUCAGACCGACGGGACGUUUAGAGCUGACGGGACCAUCACCCUCAUAACGGGACCCAGGACCAUCCUGGUGGACACCGGCGGGCCGUGGGACCGCAGCUUCCUCCUAACGACGCUGAAGAAGAGGGGCCUGGAACCCGGGGACAUUGACGUGGUAGUGGGGACUCACGGACACUCGGACCACAUCGGGAACCUGAGUCUUUUCCCCACGGCGGUAAUGAUGGUGGGGUAUGACGUCAGCGAAGGGGACGCGUACCGGCCCAGCAGGCUGGCAGAGGGGCUCGCGCACACUAUUGACGAGCAUGUUUACGUCUCCUCCCUUCCACAGGUGUCCGUCGUUCCCUGUCCAGGUCACACAGGACAAGACGUCAGCGUCCAAGUGACGGGAACCUCAGUGGGCACGGUGCUUGUUGCCGGGGACUUAUUUGAGUGCUGCUCAGACGAGGACAGCUGGCGGGACUUGAGCAUGGACACUGCAGUGCAGCAGGUCAGCCGGCAGCAGGCGCUGCGCACCGCGGAUGUCAUCAUUCCAGGACAUGGACUCCCUUUCCGAGUCCUCAGGAAGUGAUGAACCAUUUCUAUCGGUUGAUCGUGUUUCAAAUAAUACAACAUACUGUACAGAGAAACAUACGUUUCAUUUGAUCACUUUGAAAGGGAGCACCCGAGACUGCAUAUCUGUUUCUAUCUAAGAAACAAAGUCAAGUCACUCACUACGCCUUUUUUUAAGUGUGAUAUUUUAUGUUUAAAGUCGCUUUCUUUUUUAUAUUGGAUGAUCUUAAUAUUUCAAAUGGUCUUUGAGUAUACAAACAAAAGAAAACAAUAUCAAAUUGUAGCUAUUGUUUAAUAUAAAUCUGUAAAUUUGA